GAGGCAGAGUAGGCGGCUUUGUUGACGGCAGCAGUGUUGCCAUGGUGAUGGGCAGUGGUGAUAUUCGAUUUAGCCGCCCUGUGUGUGUGGAGGAAUUGUCCAGGAAGGAGGAUGUCCAGCAGCAGUGCCCGGAAGCGCUUAACACCCAAACGCAUCGUGCCCCCAUUCUCCACGGAAUCCCUGCAGAAGAAUACACGUGUUGCAGCACCCCCAAAGACGCCACAGAAACGGUACUUCCUGCAACCGCGCGCCACGUCCUUCCGGAUGUUCUACGAUCGCGGGGAUUUACCCAUAAAGAUGGAUUACCUCAUUGGGGGCUUCAAAAUUGCGUGGACGGUGGAUAUUGAUAAAUUGGACUACGGUCUGUACCUGCCGCUCUUCUUCGAUGGGCUCAGUGAGACGCAGCAUCCGUACAAGACCUACGCCAGGCAAGGUGUUCAGGAUCUCCUUGCACAUGGUGGUGAUAAAAUCUACCCUGUAAUCCCGCAACUAAUCAUCCCCAUUAAGAAUGCUCUCAAUACGCGCAACAAUGAAACAAUGUGCGUAACAUUGAAGAUCAUUCAGCAGCUCGUGAUGUCGUCUGAUCUCGUGGGGCCGGCCCUUGUGCCCUUCUACCGUCAACUCCUGCCCAUGUUCAAUGCGUACAAAGUGAAGAAUCUCAAUUGUGGCGAUAACAUUGACUACGCGCAGAAGAAUAAUAUGAAUUUGGGUGAUUUAAUUGAUGAGACGCUGCAGGUGUUGGAGCGUCACGGCGGCGAAGAUGCCUUCAUCAACAUCAAAUACAUGGUGCCCACCUAUGAGUCUUGCUACAUCAACUAAAACAACCAACAAAAAAUAACCCUUAAAAAGGAGGAAAGAUGAAAAGGACGCCAGCGCCAUGUUUGUUAAGUUUAACUGUCAAAUUUUUUUGAAUAAUAAAAAAAACGUACAUUUAUGUCAUCUAAA